GUCUUUUUUUAAAACCUGGAUGUGACGAUUUGUAUUGAAGAAGCCGAGAGAAAUAGAAUCGAAAGCGUUUUAAGAUGGCGAACCGUACGGUCAAGGAUGCCCACAGCAUCCAUGGCACCAACCCUCAGUAUCUGGUGGAGAAGAUCAUUCGCACGCGGAUCUAUGAAUCAAAGUACUGGAAAGAAGAGUGCUUUGGACUUACCGCUGAACUUGUAGUGGACAAAGCCAUGGAGUUAAGGUUUGUGGGUGGUGUCUACGGUGGAAACAUAAAGCCAACUCCUUUUCUGUGUUUAACCUUGAAGAUGCUUCAGAUUCAACCUGAGAAGGAUAUCAUUGUUGAGUUCAUAAAAAAUGAAGAUUUCAAGUAUGUCCGGAUGUUGGGGGCACUUUACAUGAGGCUGACAGGAACUGCAAUGGAUUGCUACAAGUACUUGGAGCCUUUGUACAAUGACUAUCGAAAAAUCAAGAGCCAGAACCGGAAUGGGGAGUUUGAACUGAUGCACGUAGAUGAGUUCAUUGAUGAACUUCUGCACAGUGAGAGAGUCUGUGAUAUCAUUUUGCCCCGGCUGCAGAGACGCUCUGUGCUGGAGGAAGCUGAACAACUGGAGCCCCGAGUUAGUGCUCUAGAAGAGGACAUGGAUGAUGUGGAAUCCAGUGAGGAGGAGGAAGAAGAAGAUGAGAAGCUGGAAAGAGUCCCAUCACCUGACCAUCGACGACGAAGAAGCUACCGAGACCUGGACAAGCCACGGCGUUCUCCUGCACUGCGCUACAGGAGGAGUCGGAGUCGGUCUCCCAGGAGGCGAAGUAGAUCCCCCAAAAGAAGAAGCCCUUCUCCACGCCGAGAAAGGCAUAGGAGCAAGAGUCCACGACGCCAUCGAAGCAGGUCCCGAGACAGACGACACAGAUCCCGCUCUAAAUCCCCAGGUCACCACCGUAGUCACAGACAUAGGAGUCACUCCAAGUCUCCUGAAAGGUCUAAGAAAAGCCACAAGAAGAGCCGGAGAGGAAAUGAGUAAUGGAUUCAUUUUGACUUCUGCCCAGAUGGCCUCCUGUGGAUAGGAGAAGAAUAGGUUUAGUGAAAGGAUCAAGAUCUCCUCUUCAGGCAGCUAUGCGUAUUUUGGGUUUUUAAAACAUCAAGUCGUUUGGUUGGUUUCUGUUUUGUUUUUAUUUUAAUAUUACAGAGGUGGUGCUAAGUUUUGUAUCUCUUUGAAUUAUAAUCAACAUCUUUGAAGGAUGUUUUUGACCAAAUCAAGGUCAGGUUUUGACCUAACCAACUAUGGUUAUUCAUACUUAAAAAGGGUCAAGAGGAUCUGGGAGUUGGGGAGAUUCAUGAGAAUGAAGAGAUAUAGCCACGUGGUGAUCCUUUUCUUAUUUGUAAUUAAACCAGACACAGUUGUCAUUUUUCUUUAGUUUCUGCUUUCUCUAUGAAAUCCUGAGAGUUCUGUGGUUGAUACUGCUGCGACCCAGCUAGUAAAGCGUAGUAAUUCCUAACUUCUCAUUAACUACUAUGGUGGUAUUUUGUUUGUACUGAAAUGUGAUUUUAAUUGUAUGUUAAUAAAUAAAGUUGCCUGGGGGUUCAGAGCUAUUAGAGCCAUAGCAAGAGCGUGGCGGUGGUGGCGCACACCUUUAAUCCCAGCACUUGGUAGACAGAGCUAGGUAGAUCUCUGUGUGUAAAAGGAGACAGCCAACAUUGGAGACACACGCCUUUAAUCUCAAUACCAUAGAGGACCUGGAGGGCUGUACAUACAGGCAGUGAUGACGCAGUCAUGUGUUUGGGUUUACAACCAAUGAGAAGGCAGAACAGAAAGAUUAUAUAAGACAAACACAGAGGAAGUAGGUCCCUUUCGGAGAGCUCUUUUGACUGAAGAGGAUCGCUGAAGCAGGAAGGUUGAGGCUCUUAGCUCUGACCUCUUGGCUUUCUUCUCUGAA